CUAAAUUUGAGAUAUCCAGGGGUCCAUCGAUCAUCCAUCUUGUGGUCCAAACUAGGCAGUGCAUCUUUCGGAUUAAGUCAAUAUGCGGUCCAUCGCUCUUCUUCCUGUACUAUGCUUCCUAGUCUUGCUGGGCAUGGUCUCGGCUUGGCCACACCCACACGGUGAAGUCGUGGCUAGAGCGGAAACAACCUCUGCAGAGACUGCUGCUGAUAAAGCAACAACCGGUGCUGCUGCUACCACUGAGCAGAGCGCCACGAAGACCGAAACCCAGAGCGACGCCACAGAAACCGGUAAAAAGACAGGCAAAGAGACAGGAACAGCGACUGGCACAAAGACUGGAAAAGCGACGGGCAAGUCGACCAAGACGGGUACAGAUGCCUCCUCUUCCUCGAUCGAUCCUCGGGACCCCGUGGGUGGUAUUUCGAUGUUUACGUCUGCCGGAGCCACUACCUACUAUAAGAUCGGCGAAUAUGUGACCUUCCAAUGGAAAUACACCUCGCUUCAGGUGACACCGUCGGCCGUCAACGUCGUCGCAUCCUGCAGCAAGAACAGUGAAACCUAUACCAUCGCGAGCAACAUGAGUGUCUCGGAAACUGGCAAGGUUGUCUGGGAUACCAAGAAAUACCAAUCUAAUGCGACGGUUCCACUGCUGACUGCGACGUACACUUUGUAUGUCUACGAUGUGAACUCCACGCUUGGAGACACUGCUUCUGCUGGACACUUGGGCUCACAAAUCGGUUACAACUUCGGAAUGUACACUCCGCAGUCUUACACCCCUCUUGACCAUUACACCUGUGCUACUUGCAACAGUGCCCUCACUAGCACCGAACGCAACGCUAUCAAGUUCGCCGUCGGCAUGGCUGCUAUCACCGUCGCAUCCUUCACCUGGUUCGCAAGCGGCACCGGUGUCUUCUUCACGUAAUUCUUCAAAACCGACCAUUGAUGAAGUUAUACGUUACCGUUUCCCGUUGCAUUUAGCUGAGCGAUUUCUCAUGAUAGCGAUCAUCAGCAGGCUGGACUGGCGUUUAUGUGAUUGAAUUGUGCAAUAUGGUUGGGAUUUGUGAUUUUGGAGAUUUUUUUUUCUUCCCCUCCUUGUCGAUCAGAGCAGCAGCGGGAUUGUUAUAAUUAUUCUAUAUGAUGUUAGUCAUUGUUUUAUAUGAUACUGUCAAUAGAUAAAUAGCUAAUAGGGCCUGAUGUAUAUGAGGUCUAAAUAUUGUAAAGAAUUCGGAGCAAGCAAAAGUAUCAAAGAUAGAAAAAGG